AUGGCUGCAACGGGGAACACUUUGGCGCCCCUCCUGCCGAGGCGUGGGUACAGGAGAAGGGAAUUUGGGGAGACGUGGGUUGCGUUGCACUUCGUUGCCAGUUCUGGGACCUUGGAGAAAGCCCGCAGCACUCCUGUGGCUGUGAUCCAUGAGGACGACCUGGUUUCAUCAUGUUUCAUCCAGAAAAGGAGCCUACAAAGCAACCUCUUGUGCGAGCUCGAACUCUUUCGGUUGUGUCCACAGAAAGUGCUGGCUUCUGCACACCCCAAUCUCCUGCUGCCAGCCUCGCCCUUUUCGGAUGCCUUUCCUCCGGGCUUCACUCCUGGCGAACUGCUGCUGGGCCCCCUGCCUCGCAGCUCCUCGCUGAUCUCGAACGGCUCCACGCUCUCGCUGCAACGCACCAGCUCGGUGCAAGCGAACGGCCGUCCCUAUCCGCCGGGCCUGGGAUGGACGCCGCAGGUCACACCACAUGAUGAAGGUCUGCAGCGGAAGCUCUCCUUUGGUUUCUCUCUGGAGGAGCCGAAAUUGAGGCGAACGACCACAGAUCUGGAUGCAGUGUUGGAAGCUCAAAUGCAGGAUCACUACUUCAGCCGAGAAUUGCUUCUCUUCUAUGCUGGUGCCGUGAGUGACCCUCAAGAAUCUUCCCCGGCAGAAGCUGGUUUCCUGUGGCCGAAACCUGGUUUUUUCCGAAUGCAACCAAUCGAUGCCUCCGAGAAGGCCACAGCGGAAACCCAAAAAAAGGUGCCACAGGAGCCCAAGCCGAAGACGAAGCCCGAGCCCAAAGUACCACCGCCACCGCCGAAGGCUAACAAUCCCAAAGAAGGAAAAGCUGUGCACACCGGCAAGGGCUCCUCUCAGGGCGCAAAUGGCACCGGCUGGAAAGGCUAUGGCAAGGGCCAAGGCUGGCAUGGAUGGCAAGGAUGGCCCAAGGGAUGGUCAAAGGGUUGGGAGACCUGGGGCUGGUGA